AUGCUUCAAAAGAAGAAGCUUACUAUUGGUGGAUUAAAACAUCCAAUUAUAUCUGCUGUUGCAGGAGGUGUUUGGAUAAUUGGCCGUAUUGCUUAUGCUGUCGGAUAUUCCACUGGAGAACCUGAUAAAAGACACAGAGGAGGAUUUGGCUAUUUUGGUUCACUCGCUUUAGUUGGAACAACCAUUUCUAUAUCCAAUAAUAGCAACAACAAUAUAAUAGAUAAUAAUAAUCUCAUCAAUGACACUAAAUCAGAUUUGCAAAAUCUAUAUCUAUAUCUAAAUAACUAUGUCAAUAAUGAUAAUCCUAAUAAUUAUAACUGUAUUAAUUACAACAACUCUCAAACGAACAUUGACAAUGGUUCAGAAUUCACAUUAGAAUCAUUGAUAGAUAAUAAUCCAGAUUUUUAUAAUAAGCAAAGUGAUGGAUUCACUAUUAAUCAUCAAUAUCAAUAUCAAAUUAACAAUGGAAAUAAUAACGAUGAUGCUUCAGUAAUGUUUUCACCAACAACAGGAUUUUGGUGUCUUCAAUGA